AUGGCAAGCAAUCAGGGAAAUGCCUUCAGGGAUGAUGAUGACCACAGUGGUGACACACAGGGCUGUGAAUGCUGUGCAGAAGUUCCAGACACCAGCCACUGGGUCCUGGUGGAACCUGAAGUCUCCACAGAGAAGAGCGUCUCAACCUACAGCCUGAGCUCUACUGCAGGGAGCUAUGAGUGUUCUCUGUCUGGUCUGCGUUGGUUAUCUCAUGGUCCAAUCAAACUGCAGUACCAUUUCAUGGACUGGCAUGUCUUUGCUAAAGAGCUGGACAAUAUGCAGUGCAGUCCAGCUGGUCCUCUGAUGGACAUCAAGCUCACAUCAGGAGAGCUGGAGGAUAUCCACCUGCCCCAUUUCCUGUGUCUGGGGGCUGGUGAGGCAUCUAUGUGUGAUACUGUGAGAGUCUUGCAUGGCCAUGACUGCGGAGUGUGUGUGGAGGGGUGUGAGUUGACCCGACACCAUGCCAGGAUUGUCCAGCCCUCCCUCUCUCCCUUAGGGGUGUUGUGGAAAGCCGUGGAGUAUCUGUUCCCUCCGAAAGCCCACUUUGAGCCUCUGCUGUUCUACACCAGAACUGAUCCACUGGAGCUCCACCUCUACCUGGUUCCAAAGCCGUGGGAUCCAGCUCACAUUAAAGCCAUCCAACAGGAAGAGACACCGCAGGGGGUGAGGAUCCGGAAACCGGGCCCCUCCGGCAAGUCCCUCCGGCUGGAUGCCAGCGUCUGUGUGACGACGUCGUGUCUGUCGGAGAUCCAACCCAACAGGAGGGACCUGUCGGAGCUGCUGUCACCUUCCACCUCUGACUACUUUGAGGUUUACAUAAGGCACCCAGGCGACAGCUUUGAUAUGGAGGUCAUCAGCUCUGCAGAGAACGGAGAGCCCAUCUGGAAGAGAAAGAUCCGCAGAGAGGACUAUCGGCCAGAUGAGCCACCACAGCGCAUCAGGAUACCUGGGCAGGUGGACCCCCUGUUGGCCGCUGCCUCUCUGGAGGAGAAGAGGCCGCAGCUCAUCCAGAGGGUCACAGAGGUGAUGCCCAUAGCAGACCAGCUCCUCUCCCAGGGGUUCAUUGGCCAGGAGACCUACGCCAACAUCCAGGCUGCUGCCACCAGUCAGGACAAAAUGAGGCUCCUGUUUGAGGGCCUGCGCUCAGCUGGGGCUCAGGGCAAAUUGGCCUUGUACACAAUUCUACAGACACUGCAGCCCCACCUAGUGGAGGAGUUGUGGACUACACGAUGA